AUGAUGAUCAAGGUCAAGACCCUGACAGGCAAGGAGAUUGAGAUCGACAUUGAGCCCAGCGACACGAUAGAGAGGAUCAAGGAGCGCGUGGAGGAGAAGGAGGGCAUCCCACCAGUGCAGCAGAGGUUGAUUUUUGCGGGUAAGCAGAUGAACGACGAGAAGCAGGCAAAGGACUACAACAUAGAGGGCGGCUCGGUGCUGCACCUGGCCCUCCCAUUGGAGGAGGAGCACAAGGCCCUGGCUGAGGUGGACCAGGAUCUGACCAAGGAGAUGGAGGCAGAGCGGCCAAACCAUGACAAGCUGGAGAAGCUGAUCGAAAUCGAGGAGACCCUCAAGCGCCGGGCUUCUGGCGACGCAGGCGCCAAGCAGUGA